AUGAAUAAAUUUCUGGCGAAGUUAAUAUUUGCCCUUACCUGUUUUGUAACAACAAAAAUAUAUUUUGUAAAAUCAGUGAAACAUGAAAAUCGAUAUAAAAGACAUCACUAUUUUUAUUACAUAGGAACUCAUGUUAAAAAAAAUGACAUAAAAAAAAAAGAAAAAAUUAAUACACCUAUAUCCAACAAAAUUAACAUAAUUAAUAACAAAACAAAUAUAUAUUUUAUAAAAAAAAAUCCAUUUUUAUUAUUAAACAAGCCAAAUGAACAAUCAGAAUUUAUAUAUGAAAAUUCUGAACAGUCAGGUAAAAAUGAUAUAAUAAAUAAUAAAUUUCUUAGUAGAGAUUUUGAAGGAAUACAAGUUUUUCCAACGAAACAAAAAAAUGAAGAUGAUGAACAAAACCUUAAAACAUCAUUACCAUCUCGAGAAUUUAAACCAAAAAGAAGUUUAGGACAAAAUUAUUUAAGAGAUCAAAAUAUUAUAAAAAAAAUGGUGCAGGCAAUCGAGCUGGAAGCUAGCCAAUUUGUUCUUAUGAAAGAAAAAAAAAAAAAAAUUUUAUUAAAAUCAAAAAAAGACAAAAUAAAAAAUGAAACAGAUGAAAAUGAUAAACUAAAAAUAAAUGAAAAUAAUUGUAAUUCUAAAAAUAUGGAAAGUCUUAAAAAUUAUGGAAAAGGAAUAAUUGAAUUAGGAUGUGGGUUAGGACAAUUAAGUAAAUAUUUAUUUAAAAAAUAUAAAAAUAUGACAGCUAUUGAAAUAGAUAGUCGUGCUUUAGAAAUUAUUAGUCGAACUAUGCCAGGAUUUGAUUUUAUACAUGAUGAUGUUUUACAAAUUAAUUAUAAAGAAUUAUCAAUAAAUAAAAAUACUAAAUUAUCAGUUAUUGGAAAUUUACCUUUUUAUAUAACAUCACAAAUAUUAUUUUGUUUAUUAGAUUUUUAUAAAUAUAUAGAACAAGCUGUUGUAACUAUACAAUAUGAAGUAGGACAACGCAUUGUAGCAAAACCAAAUGAUAAAAAUUAUUCUAUCUUAAGUAUAUUAUUUAGUUUAUAUACUCAUCCAUAUUUAUUAUUUAAAAUUCCAAGCACUGCAUUUUAUCCUGUUCCAAAAGUUGAAGCAGCUGUUAUGAAAAUUAUUUUUAAAGAACAUAAUAUUAAUUGUAAUCUAUUAUUUUUAAAACAAGUAUUAAAAUAUGCUUUUCAACAAAGAAGGAAAAAAUUAAAAUCAAGUCUAAAGAGAUUAUUAGAUAUGUAUAAUAUUCAAAAUGUACCACCAGAAUUUGCUGAUUUACGUCCACAACAAUUAUAUCCUGAACAGUUUGUCGAACUUACUAACAUUUUAUUUCCCUUGCAGGAUUACCCCUUUGAUCCAAACAUUCAGACAAAGGUCUGGAGAAAAGAAAAACACGGUGAAUAG